UUUUCCCUCCUCCUGAUUUUGUAGUGCAAACAAAAAAAUUUUUUUUAAAAAAUUAUAGCAUCCAUCCCAAUUUUAACCUUUAAAGGUAAGAAAUUGGGAGAAGAACUUUUCUUCUCUUGAACUGAGACCAUUCCACAAAUUGACGGGCAGCCAGCAGCAUAUGCUUUUUGCAGAAAUAAUUGAAAACAUCAACUGGAGAGCACAGAAUCCUUUUGAAAGUCUGCCAAUUAUUUGAAGUAAUUUCAGCAGAGGAACAAAAUAAAACACUCAAUAUCUUAACCUUUACAGUUGCCUUCUUAGGAGUUGGUCUCUAAUUUGAUUUUUAGUCAUUCUGAUACAGUUUUUAUUUUAUGAUUGGUUUUUUGUUUGACUAGACGGAAUUUGACUUUAAUGAAAACCUAAGUGCUAACAAAGAAUCAUUUCACCAAGGCAACCUAUUAUCUCUUCACAUUUAGCUUGAAUUCAUUUUUAAUCUUUUAACAACAACAGUAAUAUUGUCCUAAAGAGGGUGCACUUGAUUUUCAUUUUGUAUUCAAUAUGACGUCUGUCAAUGUUUCCCUGGUUCGUGAUACCAAGUGGCUGACGUUAGAAGUCUGUAGAGAAUAUCAGAGAGGAACUUGCUCUCGGGCUGAUGCAGACUGCAAGUUUGCCCAUCCACCAGGAGAUUGCCAUGUGGAAAAUGGUCGUGUGGUGGCUUGUUUUGAUUCUUUGAAGGGUCGGUGUACUAGAGAGAACUGCAAGUACCUCCACCCUCCUCCACAUUUAAAAACUCAGCUGGAAAUUAAUGGACGCAACAAUCUGAUUCAACAAAAGACUGCCGCAGCCAUGUUCACCCAGCAGAUGCAGCUUCUGCUCCAGAAUGCUCAGAUGUCAUCAUUUACUACUUUUCCAGUGGCUCCAUCACUUGCAGUGAAUCCUGCCGUGGCUUUCGGUACUUAUGUGCCUCAUCCUGGGAUGGGCCUGGUUCCUGCUGAACUCCUACCGAAUACACCUGUUCUGUUCCCUGGCAAUGCGCCUAUCCCUGUGGCAGGAGCAGCUGGCAUAAAACCAAUGCGUUCGGACAAACUGGAGGUUUGCCGAGAAUUUCAGCGUGGAAAUUGUACCCGUGGUGAGAACGAUUGCCGCUAUGCUCACCCCAGAGAUGCGUCCAUGAUUGAUAUAAACGAUAAUACUGUGACAAUCUGCAUGGAUUACAUCAAAGGCCGAUGCUCCCGGGAGAAAUGCAAGUACUUUCAUCCUCCUGCUCAUCUGCAAGCCAAACUCAAGGCAGCCCAUCAUCAGAUGAACCACGCUGCUGCUGGAAUGGCCCUACCACCUGGUGCCAUUCAGCUGAUACCAAAGAGAUCAACACUUGACAAGGCCAAUGGUGCCACUCCAGUCUUUAAUUCCAGUGUUUUCCACUGCCAACAGGCUAUGACCAACCUGCAGCUCCCGCCGCCACCGCCACCACCGGCAUUUAUCCCUGCAGGGCCAAUACUGUGCAUGGCACCCACAACAAGUGUUGUGCCCAUGAUGCACGGUGCUACACCUUCCACUGUGUCUGCAGCAACAUCUGCCACCAGCGUUCCCUUCGCUGCAACAACUCCAAGCAAUCAGCUCAAAUUCUGACCAGUACACCUGUGGCAAAUCGGAAUCGCUCUGCGAGAAACUUGGUUCGGCCUCUCCGCGUAUUUUCUCGUAUGUCUGCUUCUGGCAACACCAUUAGUGCAGU